AUGGGCGACAUUUUCAGCCUCUCCGCCAUACAACCCCGCCUCGCGGAGCGCGACGACCCCCGCGCCUCAUACGGGCCAACCCUCCCACCACACUCGUCCAUCCAAGCCGCCGAAUCGUCUCUUCCCGACCCCCAGUCGCCCAACUAUCUCCAAGGCCAGCCGCCCUCGUCCACGGCAUCCCAUAUCAUCAGGGACAUCGUCCCCGCCCUCACCGGCCAAGCCCGCUCCAGCCGCUACUACGGCUUCGUCACAGGCGGCGUGCUGCCCAUCGCCGAGUGGGCAGACAAUGUCGUUUCGCGGACAGACCAAAAUGUGCAGGUUCACCUGCCGGCCCAGACGGCUGCCACGGCCGUGGAAGAUGCCGCGCUGGAGAUGCUCGUGCGGCUGUUGAGGCUGCAUGUCGGCGGCGCGACGUGGGCCGGCAGGACGUUUACGACGGGCGCGACGGCCAGCAAUAUUCUCGGGCUGGCCUGUGGGCGGGAGAUCGUUGUGAAUAGGAGGCUUGGCGGGGAGGGCGUGGGCGAGCUGGGUUUGUUGGCGGCGUGUGCGAGGGCUGGUGUUGAGGAGAUACAGGUGCUUACGAGCGCGGGACACAGCUCGCUUUCCAAGGCGGCGAGCGUGGUUGGGCUGGGGAGACGGAGCGUCAAGGAGCUGGCCCUGAGCGAGAACCAGCCGUGGAGGCUGGAUAUCGAUGCUCUAGAGGGCGAGUUGAGGAGGCGUGGCACGGCGAGUAUUAUCGCGAUUACCGCGGGGGAUGUGAAUACCGGCGGGUACGCGUUGCAAGGGCCUGAGGAGUGGAAGAGGGUGAGGGAGCUGGCAGAUACCUAUGGUGCUUGGAUUCAUGUCGACGGCGGCAAGUUGCUAGUGUGUGUCUCCGCGCACAAGAUGCCAUUACUGACUUGUUUUAGCCAUGGGUGUAUUUGCGAGGGCUCUCGGCGACGAACCGCAACAUCAGCUGCUGAAGCAAAGAACAGACGGCAUCCAACUAGCAGACAGCAUCACACUCGACGGCCACAAACUCCUCAACGUAGUAUGCCGCCUACUUCCCGCUCCUCCGUUCGUCGCAAAAACCGACAGACUAACCAAGACAAGCCCUACGACUGUGGCAUUUUCUUCACGCGCUCCGCGUCAACCCUUUCGUCCGUCUUCGUGAACCCCAACGCCGCAUAUCUCGCCUCCUCAGCAGCAGCCACGAUCCCAUCGCCUCUGAACAUUGGUCUCGAAAAUUCCCGCCGCUUCCGCGCGCUGCCAGCAUACGCCGUGCUGCUCAGCGAGGGGCGUCCCGGCAUUGCCAAACUGCUCUCCAACAUGAUUGCCUUGUGCCGCAAGCUAGCUGCGUAUCUGCGCGAGUCGCCGCAUUACGAACUUCUGCCGGAUGAGAGCGCGCCGCUGGACGGCAUUUUCAUGACCCUGCUCUUCCGAGCUAGGAGCAAAGACGUAAAUGACGCGCUGGUUGACCGCAUCAACCGCACCAGGGAAAUGUACGUCUCCGGGACCAAGUGGAAGGGCGAAGCCGCAGUCCGUGUAGCCGUGUCGAAUUGGAAGGUCCAUGUAGACCGCGACUUUGCGGUUGUGACGCAGAUAUUGGAUGCCGUGGCCGAAGGACGAGAAUGUAGCAUCGAGAGCACUCUCUAA